AGGACAUUAGUGAGAGAGAGGAGCUAAAUGCCUUCUCACUUUCUUUCACAGCACAGAUAAGCUCAUUUGUAAUGAGGCCCGUUUUGUUUUUCAUGUAGGGCUCCAACAACAAAUCUGGACCAACUACUGAAUGUUUUUUUUUAGCCCCAUGAAAUCAAAAUGAGAGUUUCUCAGCUAACAGGGAAUGUUCUCAGAACUUUAUACGUUCUGGCAAGGUUCUCUCAAAGUUAUGCACAACUUGCAGUAACAUUGUUCGAAGUUAUCUGGUCUUUAAUAAUGUUCUCAAAACAUCAGCACAAAAAUUAUAUUUAUACAUCGUUCAUUGAGUAUUUUUUUUUUUUUUUUUUAAAUGUUUUAGCUAGACAUCUACUGUUUUUUUUAAAUGUUACUACAUUCAGAAUAACAUUCCCAUAAUUUUUGAAGAAUGAUAAAAUUAUAUGUUUUCUUAACGUUCACAUAGAUUUUUAUUAACAUUUAAGAAACUGGACAUUUUGAACAUUCAGAAAUGUUUGAAUAAUUUAAUGGAAACGUUAGCGUAACAUAGAACAGCUUCUAUGUUACUAUAUGCUUUGUACCAUUACUUGUAUGUCACUGUGUUGGUUUAUUACUUCUGCUUAUAUUAAUCAUUUGUACAUCACUUUGGAUAUAGUGCAAAUAAAUGAAUGUAAUUGUAUGUCUAUUAGCUUUGAGAUCAUAUGUGUAGUGCUGAACAUUGAUAGAAAUAGGAUACAAAUUUAAAAAUGCACAGUCUUUCUCUUAUAAGAAUACAGACGAAAAAAAAAAAAAAAAAAAAAAUGCUCAAGAUUAAUCUUACACAGAUUUUUGCACAAUUGGAUGCUUUUAAAAUCUUAUGGCAAAUCUUCCUUUUUCUAUAGGAAAUAAUAAGAAAUCUAUACUCAUCAAGCAUGGGCUCUAUAAAGAAAAAUAAAGAUUCAAGCACAAAUUCAACGUUAAAUUCAAAUGCAAAUCUAGUCCAAUUUCAAUUACAUCAACAUGACCAAAACACAUAAAAUUGCACUCGUAGUUUAAAAACAUAUGUUGUCAAAUGAAUUUGAACAGCGCUACUCGCCUGUCAAUCAACUGCUGCACAAGGUUUAAACCAGUUACCAGUGUUGGGGAACAACAAGUUACUUUGAGUGAAAAGUAAUGUGUUACAAUAUUGUGUUACUGACUAAAAAAGUAACUAAUUGCCUUACUUAGUUACUUUUUAUAUAAAGUAAUGCUUUACAUUACUUUUGUGUUACUUUUCUGACCUAGAUGGGGCUUGCUUUGUUAAAAAAAAAAAAAAAAAAAAAAAAAAAGACAAAUGCCUUUCACACCAUAAGUGAAAUGCAAAAGGAAACGCAAAUUCACUCCUGUACAGCAGAGGGCGCAGCUCAAACAAACCUUUCAGCUGUGCUGCCUUUCUAGAUUGCAGAAGAACAGGAUGCAGGAGAAGAAGGUUCAACACUCUUACUUCAGCAAUAAAAACAAAAAAUAAAACACAAAUGUGAUGUUUAUCUAAAGUCAUUUUUGCUUAUUAGUUUCGGUUGGAUUGGAUCAUGGAAGGUCAGCAGCAAAGACAUUGGUUAAUAACGCAUAGUGACUGGUGAGGACCACUCGUGUCCCUCGAGAGUGCAUUUCUUGGCCUUUUGCACUGACAUAAAAGCUUUUACUGCUAUCUGAGGACUUUUUUCAUCUUUUUGGUGACUUUAGCCAGUUUAACCUUUUGAACAAUGGCUUAUUUACUAGUUUUACUAGUACUGAUGCUGGUUUCAGUAUCCGAGCCAUUCCAUGUGGAGCACCUGGGUCGUUUUGACUGGCAGAAGAGCCUUCGACCAGGUGAGGGAUGCCCUAAAAAGUGCCACCCUGAGAGGUGCCCAGAUGUUAGGCAGCUGCAGGGCUGUCCAGCCGGGCUGGUUCGUGACCAGUGCGGGUGUUGCUGGGAAUGUGGAAACGACGAGGGGCAAUUGUGUGACCCAGAGCCCCGGUCCGGGUCUACUUUCUACGGGCGCUGUGCUGAAGGUCUGCGCUGCAGAGCUCCUCGCAGAAACCCCACAGGUGAGCCCAGAGCCGUCUGCGUGUGCAGCAAGCAGGAAGCACUCUGCGGUUCUGAUGGAAAGACAUUUAAGAAUAUAUGUCAGUUUCGGGCGGCCCAACACAAGCAAGGCAAAGGUCAGACGUUGACAAUGGUGCAUCUUGGACCCUGCAAGACAAAACCAGUUAUCACUUACGCUCCACGUGACAUCGUCACAACCAAAGGAAGUGAUGUCAUCUUUUCCUGUGAGGUGUCGUCGUAUCCACUGGCUUCCGUCCAGUGGAGUAAAGAGGGGGACGUUAUUUCUUUUCCUGCUGAUGAUUCGAGCACGGCUGUACAGGCUCGUGGAGGUCCUCGGAGGUUUGAAUUGACCGGCUGGCUCCAGAUUCAAAGAGUCGGCCCGAACGAUGCAGGUGUGUACACAUGCACCGCCAGGAACGCCUUCGGAGAGGUGUCUGCCUCCGCCAGAUUACAGGUUACACUUGGAGGUUCUCAGCUGAACAAAGAGUUCCGGCAGAAAGAAAACGGAGCUUAUAGAAUAUCAGGCGAAGAGGAGAAUGUAGAUGAUGAAGAUUACGAAGGCCAGCCGAGUGGAUAUAUGUAUUUGUGACAUAUAGAUAUUAUAAAAACAUAGCAUUUAAUCACAGAUGUUUCUUAUUAUGUUUGAAAUGUUAGCUCAAUGUGUACUUUUUUUUUUUUUUUUUGUCCACUAUGUGUGGGCUUUGUAUAUAAAUCCAAAUAAUUUCUAUUCACUUUGAGAAUUGUACUUAAAAAUAGAACUUAAUUAAAUAGUUGAUUUACUCAUUGAGUCCUUUUAUUGUUCAUAAUGCAUGUCAGAAAAUACAAUAUUUGCAGUGUUGUCUGUUUAGUAGGGGUGUAACGGUUCUCGGUAAAAAAUCGAACCGUACCGUCCUCGCACCGCGGUUCACCUCAUAUCUGACGAGGCAUACGCAUCUAUAAUAUGGUUUGUUCAAAAUAAAUAAAACAGACCGAGUUAGGCUAAUGUUUCUGUCGAUAGAUA